GGAAGCAGCUGCUGUGUGAAAUGUUGACAUCCCAGCUCAAAGGGACUGCAGACCAAACAGAAAGUCUUGUUCUGGGGAAAUUCCUGAGCCCAGGUGACUGUAGGACUACUUGGGGAGCUGGAGGAACCAGGAGGUAAAGCAGGCUGCCCAACCUUUCUGCUGCUUCUCUGAGCCCUGAAACCACAGCAGAACCUUUCAGCUGAAGGGACAUCCCCAGGAGCUGGUGCCCAGGAAAAGGGCAGGAUGCUGGCCCCCAGCUCUGCUCCAAUGCCAGAGAAGGGCUGGCAAACCUCAGGAGCCACAGGAAGCCCCCAGAACCUGAGGAAAUUCAAGAGCCAGGACUUCAGAGAGCUGAGAGCCUCGUGCCUGAGCCAAGGGCUGCUCUUUGAGGAUUCCACCUUCCCUGCCCACGUCAGCUCCAUCGGUCCCAGCCUGCUCCCACAGGAGAAGCUCUGGCGGAUCCAAUGGAAGAGGCCCACGGAACUUCAGAGAAAUCCUCAUCUGAUCACGGAUGGAGUUAGCAGAUUUGACAUCAUGCAAGGAGAAAUAGGUGACUGCUGGAUGCUGGCUGCCCUGGGCUCCCUGACGCUGCGAAAACAAUUUUUGGAAAAUGUUUUGCCCAAGGACCAAGGAUUCCAGGAGGAUUAUGCUGGGAUUUUCCAUUUCCGGUUCUGGCAGUAUGGAGAAUGGGUGGAUGUAGUGAUAGAUGACCGGCUGCCAUUCCUAAAUGGAAGAUACCUGUCUGUACACCCCCGAACUUCAAAUGAAUUCUGGCCAUCCUUGCUGGAAAAAGCAUAUGCCAAGCUGCAGGGCUCCUACCAGAACCUGAAUGGAGGCUACCUCUCAGAUGCUUUAGUAGACCUCACAGGUGGAGUCCAGGUGCAGUUUUCAUUGAAGGAGCCACCUUCUGAUCUGGAGGAGAUCCUGAGAGCAGCUGACAGGUCUCGGUGUCUCAUGGGCUGCAGCACCUCGGGCCAGUCAAGCAGGAACAUAGAGCUGAGGAAUGGGAUUGUGCAGGGCCAUGCCUACACCGUCACAGGAGCUGUGAAGGUCCCCUACAAGAAUGCCUGGAAGCAUAUCAUCAGGAUCUGGAAUCCAUGGGGCCAUGGGGAGUGGAAGGGGCCCUGGAGUGAUAACUCUCCUCAGUGGGACCGUGUUGAGCCUAAAUACAGAGAAGCCCUCCUCAGAAAUAAGGAUGAUGGAGAAUUCUGGAUGUGCUGUAAGGACUUCCAGGAGCAGUUUUCAUGGCUGUACAUAUGUAACAACACCCCAACAUUCCUGGACUUUGGAGAUGAGCACGGCACAGCAGCGUGGUCUCUGACCAGCUACACCAACCUGUGGAGCCCGGGCCUUCCCUCCAGGAGGAGCCGCUAUUCCCGGGCAGGUGCAGCUUCUACAAACCCUCAGUAUUUUUUCAAAGUGCUAGAUCACAACCCAAAAACCUGUAAUGUAGCCAUUUCACUCAUGCAAAAACCCGCUGAGCAUGUGCAGGAUGAAAGAAACCUGGGGAUUGGCUUUUUCAUCACCACGGAGAACUCCAGAGUUCUGAAGCAAACCUUUCUCCAGGCUCGAGAUGUGACCAGCUGCCUGAUGCUGAGCCCAGGGACCUACGCCGUGGUUCCUGCUGCAGCAGAGGACCAGGAAUUCCAAUUUCUCCUAAGGAUUUUCAUAAAGAAUCAGGACUACCAUGAGAAUUCAAGCUCCCUGACCAGCCCAGAGCUGCCAAUGGAUGUACCAAGACAGAACCAGGAUAGCUCCUAUAAGGCUCUUUUCCUAAGACAUGCUAAGCAGGGCUCAACUAUCGAUGCCUUGCAGCUGAAACAACUCCUUAAUGAAGUGAUCUCCCAAGAUGAAAUGACCAGCCUGGGAGGGAGAUUCAGCUUUGAUUCAUGCAGAGGCAUUUUAGCUCUGAUGGAUCUCAACUCGAACGGGAGGCUCACCCUGCAGGAGUUCGGGAGCCUCUGGAGGAGCCUCACUAAGUACAGGGAGAUCUUCUUCAGGGAAGACAGGAACCGUUCUGGAUUUCUUGAUGUUGCUGAACUGGAGAAUGCCAUACAGGCAGCAGGUCUGUCCGUGGACGUGGUGCUGCUGCGGCUGCUGACGCUGCGCUACGGCGACGGCGCCGGCAGGGUUGGGUUCCGCGACUUCGUGUGCUGCAUGCUGCGCCUCGACACCAUGAGCCAUGCAUUCCAAAACUUAGCAGAGGGCGGAUCACAAAUUUCAAUGACAGCAAUGGAGUGGCUGACCCUUGUCAUGUACACCUAGAGGGAUGACAGAGGUCAUGGUGACUUUUCUUCCUCCUCAGCAGAGCAGUGCCCAAGGCCAUCCCAUAAAAAAAUCCAUCCAUAGAAUUCUUGAAAAACCACAGUGAAGGAGUGGAGCCAGGUGUCCUCAUGCUUGGUGGUACUCCAGGCUGCUGGGGUGAAGAGUCCUUUCCAGGCAACCUGGAGGUGCUUGGAGAGGGAAGAAUUGCUAAUGGAAGCACUCCAUGGGCAAACUGGAAGUACUUAAUGGUCUGGGCAAGCUGGAAGUGUUGACUGUGAUCUCCUCUCAUCUUCCUGUAAAUAGCACAGAAGCCAGGAACAGCUCCAUUAACUCCACUAUGAAAAAGAACAGAGCCAGGCCCUUUGUGUGAAAGGAGUGUAUAAGAUGUAGGUUACAAAAACGAUUAAGAGACAGUUUUAUUUUAAUUAUUUCUUCAUUUUCUUCUUUGCCAUUUAUAAGUGCCAGAAAAUGAUGGAAGAAAUUAGUCCUAAUUCAUAAAUAACACCAGAAUCUUUUUAGUUUUCUUUGUAGUUUUUAUUAAUAAAUUAAGGGGAAAAAAGUCUUAUGCAUUUUUGAGUUCAUCAACUAUAGGGAUUUCAUUUUAUUUGCUACAGAAAUGAGGUGGCAUAUUAGAGAUACAGAACAAAUUGUUCAGUGCUUUUUUCUGGCUUCCAGAAUCUAUAUUGGGACUAUUUGGGAGUGGAAAAGUUUAUCAGAACUGCAUUCUCUUCCUCUGUCCUGAUGUCUUUAGAAAUGUAGGGCUUUUUCAGACAUAAUUCCUGCUCAAAAAUUUAACUUAAACCUGCAGAAUAACUGUAACCUUUCUGUACCCACACAUGAACUUCACUUUCAUAUUUUUUUAUCAUGGUAUUAACAGUGAAUUUAGUGAUCUAUUCCACUCAGGUAUUGAAAAAAAAUUAUGAAGACUCUAUUUGUGAAAAUGCCAAAAAAGAAGGAUGUCAAUGGAUGAAAGAAAUCCCAGGUUGCCAUGGCAAUAUAAUUCACUCCAUGCCUCACCUAGACCUUCUACACAGGUUUCCAUUGAGGCAUCUACACAUUAGCAACAGAUUUACCCAUUGGCCAGGCAGAUGUUGCACACUGGAGCAGCAACUGCAUCACAGGUAAAGAUGAAACCCAGAUUUUUGUUACCAUGAGCACAGUCUGUGCUUUGUCACUGCCUCAUUCACAGCUUGGAGAGCAUUACUCAUGUAAGUACAUCCUGGGCAAGAGGGGCCACUGAACCCACUCUUCCACUGAAAAUUAGAGCAAGGGGAAAUCAGUAAAAUUAGACUAUUUUAAUAUUUUUUCGGUAAUUUUUGACCAAACGGAUUCCUUCUCCACAGCGAGACUUACACAUCCCACCUGAAAUUGUUAAUCACUAAUUAAGCCCUCUGCAAAUGUUGGCAAAGAGAGGAGAUAAAAAGGGGCCAUGGGAAAAUAAAUAUGCUUUGCUAAAAAGGUUUAUUAGUAGA